CACGAAGUUAUUAACUCGGCGGAGAAAAAACCCUAACCUAGUUAUAAGAUUCCCAAUUCUUCGUCGCCCUCUUCUUCCAUCGUUAGCAGAAAGAGGAGCGAGAAGCCGCCACUCUAAGCCAUCUGCAUCCUGGGCGCCGACCUAACGAAGGCUAAGGACCAAAAUGGCGACAUAUGCUGCGAUUAAGCCUGCAAAGGCUGGGAUUGAGGAGCCACAAGAGCAAACUCACAAGAUCAGGAUCACUCUUUCCUCCAAGAACGUGAAGAACCUCGAGAAAGUUUGCGGUGAUUUGAUUCGCGGUGCCAAGGACAAGAGGUUGAGAGUUAAGGGUCCGGUGAGAAUGCCCACCAAGACUCUUCUUAUUACUACCAGGAAGUCUCCUUGUGGUGAAGGAACCAACACCUUUGACAGAUUUGAGCUCCGUGUUCACAAGCGCAUCAUUGACCUGUUCAGUUCCCCUGAGGUGGUGAAGCAGAUUACCUCCAUCACCAUUGAGCCAGGUGUUGAGGUGGAAGUCACAAUCGCUGAUGCUUGAGGAUGUCCUCCGUUUGGCUGUCAUGGAUCCUUCGUGUUUUGGCUUCUACAGUAGUUUAUUCUAGUACCGGUCAGUCCGAGUUGGGAGGGUGUGGAUGUUUACAUGUUAUUGAAUCCUAUGUUCCAGUCAAUACUGCUUAGAGGCUAUUGUAUUACGAGCUGUGUACCUGCUGUUGUUUUUCAUUUCGAGAGAUUCUGUUAAUGCAGAAAAGAGAAUUUUGCUUCACAAGUUAUCUGUUACUUUAGUUGAAUGUUGAAUCUGCAAUAGAUGCUCCAAGUUUAGAACCUUACGCUUGCAAGGUGGGGACUUUUAAUUAGGUGUUUGGUUCAGAUUAGAAAUGCUCUAUUCAUAUGACCA